GUAUCGGCUUCUUUUCUUAAAAAAAAAUUAUUUAAUUUUUUGAAUUGAUAGCAAUGCCAGGAAAUCGUAAGAAAUCAAAAGACCCAGGUGGCAGCAUUGAAGUGCAGAAUAUAUCGAUAUUCAAUCGAAAUAAAGUAAAGGAGAAGAAGAGACUUUCGAUUAAAGAGCGAAACGCUAUAUAUAAUUAUCGCUACGAUAAAAAUUACAAUUACGCAGGAUUUUCCGGGUCUUAUGAGGGAGAAGACACCAUUAAAGUCGAAAACUCUUCGUCCUGGAAGCUUUCCCAAGUCCACAAGGAUCAAUAUGACGCCGAUAAUUCGUCUUCAAUCACAUCGAUUUUCUCAUGUACUUACGCACAUAGAUCGCCGCCUGUUAUUUCACUAGGACGAAAACUAAAACCUGUCUAUUUGAGGAAACAGAGAUCAGUCUUGAAAUUGUCCCGUUUCUACCACCACGCACCUGUAGUGGCUGUACCUUGUCGUAAUAUUUGUUACAAUUCAAUGAAGAUGCGCCAACAAUCUGGUGCCAAUCUGAAACAGAUGUUCUAUACCGAAAUUCAACGAGAAAAACGGAAGGAGCGACACCGUAAGAAAAUUCCCCAGCAAAAUUUCCAAGUGCUGGUGGUGACCCCGACGUCAUCAGAAGUAGAGAAUGACGAUACCAUUGGCACUCCAGCAACUGAAGUCCCACAAGGAAAUGUUCGUCAAAAUCGCCAGAACAAAGAAUUGCAUAAGAAGAACUUUCCAGAACUGUUAAUAAUCACCCCGACAACAUCGGAAGUACCUAAAAGCGAUACUAUUAACACUCAUUGCUCUGAGUUUCCGAAAAUGGAUGAUGGUCCUGAACAGCAAGCAUCGAAAACUAGUCCCGGCUCAGGAGAUCAGUCUGUUCAAGCGAAGUUUACUGUAGAUUCUGAAAUGCAAAGGCAAAUGCGUUCCGUUUCAUUUUUAAUCUGCGCGCUUUUCACGGUUAUUUUGGGUCGCUUCAUGGAUGUUCUCUUUCCCAUACUGCCACAUGGUGAAAUGAUUCUGUGGAUUCUCGCUUCGGUGAUAUUACUAAACUGGGAGAUUGAUUCCAACAUUGGUGAAUAUUUUGAACGGUUCUACCAAUUUGUGAUUGGAUUGAUUGGCUGUUUGUGUUGGUGGUUUUAAGCUGCAUCCAAAGCAAGCAAAAAUUUUAGUAAUUGUCCCUACAGAUAUUUUAAAAGAAAAAAUUACGAAAUGACGAAAUCAUAGAAAAAGUUAACGGAUUCAGCGGAUUCAGUUAAUUUAAAUUUCUUUUCUUAAGGAAUCGGAAUAAUAAACAUCCUUUUUUCCCUCAAA